AAUACUACUUCCGGUGUCGGAAAGACGAAGAGAGAACCAAAACAUUGCAGGUGGUCAGCGCGAGAGGGGAAAUGCUGAAGUUCUGCUUCGUUUUAUGUUGAUUGUUCACAAUUGCGUCUUUUAGCGUGGUUUUGGGUACUCUGUGUGACCCGAGAGUGAUUUUGUCUUAGUAGGGAAACACGUUUGACCGAGCUGCAUCAUCAUGAGGCUUUGGGUCAAAUGUUACGAACAGUGUUUUCGGGACAGUUUGGGUCUUCAGAGAGCGUUUCGGUGUCUUUCAGCGGGCAGAACCGGACGGGUUGAGCUCCGGGUUCAGAACCGAUGCUGCUCCAGCGUUCAGGGCGAGGUGAGGGUCCGGUUUGCCCCCAGUCCCACAGGUUUCUUGCAUUUAGGAGGACUCCGAACUGCUCUUUACAAUUAUAUCUUUGCAAAGAAGUAUGGUGGCGUUUUCGUCCUGCGCCUGGAGGACACUGAUCAGAGCCGACUGGUACCAGGAGCAGCAGAGUCCAUAGAGGAUAUGCUGGAGUGGGCUGGUAUACCUCCAGAUGAGAGUCCUCGACAAGGAGGGCCACUGGGCCCAUACCUGCAGUCUCAGAGAUUAGACCUCUACACUCAAACAGCCCAGCAGCUUGUUGAGCAUGGUCAUGCAUACUACUGUUUCUGCAGUCCCCAGAGGCUGGAAGUACUUAAAAAAGAGGCUCUGAGAGCUGGGCAGACUCCAAGGUAUGACAACAGGUGCCGCCACCUGCGACCAGACCAGGUCCAGGAGAAGCAGGCUCAGGGGGCAUCGCACGUGAUCAGGUUUCGUCUGGAAGCAGGCGUCGAGCCGUUUCAUGAUUUGGUCUUUGGGUGGAGUCGUCAUGAGGUAGCUCAGGUGGAGGGCGAUCCUGUGGUGAUAAAAGCUGAUGGUUUUCCCACGUAUCACCUCGCUAACGUCAUAGAUGAUCAUUACAUGAAGAUCAGCCAUGUCCUGCGAGGGUCUGAGUGGCUCAUUUCUACCUCCAAACAUCUCCUCAUGUACCGGGCUCUGGGAUGGCAGCCGCCCACCUUUGGACAUCUGCCCCUGUUGAUGAACAAAGAUGGCAGUAAACUUUCUAAGAGACAGGGCGACAUCUUUAUUCAAAGCUUCCAGAGAGAUGGGGUGCUGCCAGAGGCUCUGCUGGACAUCACAACCAACUGUGGGUCUGGAUUCAACACUAACCGAAUGGGACGGAGGAUAGACGAACUGGUGUCUGAGUUUAAUCCUUCAAAGAUCACAACUCAUUCUGCUUUGUUAGACCUGGAGAAACUUCCAGAAUUCAACAGAAUCCACCUGCAGCGGCAAAUUGAAGACGAACAGAAAUGUUGUUUGCUGAUCAAAGAUCUGCAGCAGCAGAUCCAGAAUGUUUAUGCUGCAGAGAUCCAGGACGAUGAAGUGCUACGAGAGGCUUACAUCAAACGGGUGCUACAUCUCCGCAAGGGCCACAUUUCAUCCCUACAGGAGCUUGUAAGUCCCACCUACUCCUAUCUGUGGGUGCGUCCUUCCCUCUGUAGCCAGCAGGUGGCAGCACUCACAGAAGAGGCAUGUCUCAUUGCUUCAUUAGUACAAAAGUUUGUAGCAGAGCGUGGUGAGGAGCUAUCAGUGGACCAACUCAGUAAGGACCUGAAGACUUUGGCUAAGCAGACGAAAGCCACCAAGUACAGAGAGGUGAUGAAGCUGUUACGUCUGGUUCUCAGCGGCCUGCAGCAAGGUCCCAGUGUUGCAGAGAUGAUGGUGUCUCUGGGUCCUGCAGAGGUCAGACAUCGAUUCCAGAAGCUUCUUCAGCUCACAGACGUGAGUUAAAGAGCAGCUUCAAAUCAGCUCACUGACUGGCAGCCAGAGGAAGACGGCUGCUUUUGGACUCAGCCUGUAAACGUCAUCCCACAUGUGGUUAAUAUGACAAAACUUACAAGUCUAAUUUCACAUGAAACUGUCAUGGUGGAUAAUACUAUUUAUUCUGUGAAAAUUAUUUUAUAAACUGAGAACAAAUUUUAUGUUUUGUUUCUUUUUUCUUGAGGAUUUUUUGAACCACCUGUAUUUGUGCACACGGACGAGGAAGUACCGCAGUGCUUUUAUUCAAAUGUGUUUUAUGGGGAAAUCUCGGUUUGAAAACAAAUAAAAACUUAAAUGACAAUUUUA